AGGUUUCCUUUGUAAGCAUUCCCUCCUUGUUCUUCAGAUGUCUGGUGUUUCUGAUAUUCCAUGCCACUAUAUAUUAAAACGUUGGACCAAAGAGGCGAAGAUUAGGCAAAAUCUAGGUGAAAAAUCAAACAGGCUUCAUUAUCGUGUGCAACGAUUCAAUGAUCUAUGCAAGCGGGCCAUCGAAUUGGGUGAAGAAGGUUCUUUAACUGAAGAAGCAUAUAGUAUUGCGCUACAAGCAUUGGAAGAAGCCUUGAAAUAUUGUGCGGGUGUGAACAACUCUGGAAAAAGUGUUUCUGAGGCAAGAACACUACCGGUUCACGGUUUUCUUGAGACUGAAGUAGAGAAUCAUUGGAAUGCUACAACCAAGUCGUCUAAGAAGAAGAAAGCAUACAAAAAGAGAAAGGUUCAGUUUGAGUUGGAAGGAAUAACUAUGGAACAAGACAGCUGCCAGCAGAUGAUAAGCUCAAGAGCAAAUAUACUAGAUGGUUGUUCUGUUUCCCAGCAGGACAUGCAUGGGAUGGAUGUAAGCGUUAGAGCCCCAACUCUUGAUGGUUACUAUGGUGCUCAACAGAAUAUUCAAGGACCGGAACAGUUGAACUCAAUCUGUCCAUUUCGCGGUGGUUAUUAUAACAAUCAACAAAACUUAUCAGGCCUGGGACAGCUACAUUCACUACCAGCCCGUGAUAAUCACUAUGGGAACCAACAGAGUUUGCAGACACUGGUACUGAACUUGCUGGAGAUAACUGCCUUCUUUUCUUUUCAGGCUUUUGUUUAAUGAAAAUAUUUCGUUUUAAAUAUCAAGUGAUUUGGAAUCUGAAGCAACCUCCCCCGGAACAUUGUUGCAGGCUCAUCUUCCCUUUAGAUCCCCGGCCAUG